CACCCCGGGGAGGGCGGUGCGGCCCCGCGCCCGGUCCACACGCGGUGCUGGCGACCGGGGGGGGACAAGGGGACCGAGCACGGACGUGGGGGGGGAAGGAGAGAACCCCGGGAUGGAGCCACCUCCGCCACCCGCCUGAACGAUCGACACGGAGCCACCAGCCCGGUGAGCGGGGGGACAGAGGGGGGGCAAUGGCAAACCUAACAACUCCUCCAGCCUGGACUAGAGUCAUCAACAGCUCCUUGGACCCAGGUGACACAGGAGACAAUGACUACAAGUGCAUGUUUGACGAGGACUUCAAGUAUAUCCUGCUGCCUGUCACCUAUGGCAUCGUGUGCGUGGUGGGGCUCUUUCUCAACCUGCUGGCCCUCUACGGCUUCAUCUUCAGGAUCAAGACCUGGAAUGCCUCUACCACGUACAUGUUCAACCUGGCUAUAUCCGACACACUCUACGUGGUCUCCCUGCCCCUCCUAGUGUAUUAUUACGCCAUGGGGGACAACUGGCCCUUCAGCGUGGGCUUGUGUAAGAUAGUCCGCUUCUUGUUUUACACCAACCUCUACUGCAGCAUCCUUUUCCUCCUCUGCAUCAGCAUCCAUCGAUUCCUGGGCAUCUGCUACCCGCUGAAGUCGCUGCAGUGGGGACAUGUUCGCUAUGCCCGGAGGGUGUCCAUUAUCGUGUGGGUGGUGACCGUCGUGUGCCAGUCUCCCGUGCUCUUCUUCGUCACCACCACCGUGAGGCGGGACACCAUCACCUGCCACGACACGUCCAGCAAGGACCUCUUUGGCCAGUUUGUCAUUUACAGUUCGGUGAUGCUGGUGCUGCUCUUCUGCAUCCCUUUCCUCAUCAUCAUCAUCUGCUACUGUCUAAUGGCCCGGAGGCUGCUGCAGCCCACAUGGGGCAUCUCCCGGCUGUCCCGAUCUAAAAAGAAGUCGGUCAAGAUGAUAAUCAUCGUCUUGGUGGUCUUCAUCGUUUGUUUUCUUCCUUUCCAUGUCACUCGUACCUUGUACUACUCCUUCCGGAGCUGGGACUUGAGCUGUCAGACCCUCAACGCCAUCAAUUUAGCCUAUAAGGUGACUCGUCCCCUAGCAAGCACCAACAGCUGCUUGGAUCCCAUUUUGUAUUUCUUAGCAGGACAACGAUUUAUGAAGUUUGCAGGCAACAAAAUGAUGUGGAAGCCUCAAAACGAAAUGGCUCUGGGGAUCGUGCCCAACAGUCCCCUGGGAACCAGCAACGACACGGACACAUUACCCAAGGAUGUGAAAUCCUAGCUCUGCACCAUCUCUGCGACAGAAUAUGCAAUGGGAGGUCAGGAUGCUUUGGGGUCCGAGGCUCUUGGUGUUUGUGGUGCCUUGGUUUGCACCCACUUCAUUAUGGGCCAUGUUAAAUGAGCUUUUCUGCUUGUCGCUGUUUCAAACAUGUUUUUUUGUCAGGAAGAUGCUGCUGUGGUUAAACACAAACCCUGUAUCUCCCCCUCUUCGUCUACGCCUGUUCAGUGCUGAAUGGCAGCUCUCCACCCAUUAGGCUGGGUGACCUCUAUCGUGGUGGCCAAAUCUGCUAAAGAAAAAAAACAAUCACGCCCUUAAUGUCUUUUUCCAGUGAUCAUUUUCCAAAGCAGAAACGCUGUGUGCAAAAGGUCCCCCUGAAGAAAUCCAUCUGCCUUUCUCCAGAUUCCCUGGCACAGCGUGGGUUUCUCUGCGCCUUGGCAAGGGAGGAAAGGCUUUCGGUCGAUGAAGAGGCUCAGAUUCCAAUAAACAGGUCGAUGAAAAUGUCAAGUGCAAAUACCACCCACAGCGGGAAAGUGUCUCCCACAGCUUUACAUCCCUGGAGAAAUGCUCUCCUAAGCUUCAAGGCCCGGACUCUGCUGGCAGAGUUGGGAGGGGGCUCACAGCUCCUGUCCAAGGGUUGGCUUCCCAUUAAAAAAGGGUGCUGGUGGACCUUCCUUCCCACUGGAGUAUACAGGUACCAUCCCAUUGGCGUUUACUGGUACCAUCCCACUAGACUUUACUGGUAACAUCCCACUCCAGUUUACUGAAGCACCUGUAGGUUUCUUCAGCAGGGUGAACAUCUUCCAAAAGACCCGUUAGUGCGUUCCAAUAGCAACGUUCACCCUGGGAAAGCUUUUAGAAACCCGUAGCUUUCACCCAGCUACUAACUUUAAUAAUCAUCUCCAGCUCAUUAAAAUUCAGGGUGAGCUCUUCAUGUCUUGUUUUUGACCCCUUUGUUAGUGACUUACAUUUCCAGCCAAGAAGCGAAGACUGUUGCUCAUUCCCUUGGCUGAGUGCUGCCACAUCCUCAUUGGUGCUCACCUCUGGGACCUUUAGGAGCUUGCUGUGACCCAAAAUGCUGCCCAGAUACUGCUGUGUGGUCUCCUCAUAAUCACAGUAAUUCCAGUGCUCCACUGGAGCCAGUCAGUGUAUCCCUUACUGAAAGUGUGGACCUUCCCUGGGAAAUUUGGGUUUAGGAGCCAUAUCAGUAAACGUGGUGCUAAGUAAAGCCUAACCCCAGUCCUGUCUGGGUUUGGCCUUCCAUCCCACAUCAACCAGGACAGUUCAAAGUAAACUGGAGAAAAUAUCCACAAAACACUCCACCAGAAGGUCCACUUGGUGUUUCUCUCUGUAAUUGCUGGGUUGGAGGGCUGAGAGCCCAGGCCCGUGGUUUCCUUGACACAAGGAUGUUGAUUCCUCACCCCAAAAAUGAAAAUUGCUAGUGCUGCAGCACUGGACGAGUCAUGUUUUGUAAAAGCAGCCCUGGCUCUAUUUUAGGACUAGAAAAACACAUUUGAUCCUGGCAUAGACCAAUUCCUCAGACCUCGUCUUAGUUUCUCCCAUCCCUCCUUCUUGUGAAGUGUCUUGGUGGAGAUCAAGACACACCAGCCAAGUUCAGCCAAGGGUCAACUGGAGCUUCUUGUGGUCCCGGCUCGGUGGAGUCAUGGUCCCACGGAGGCCUCUUGUACCAACCAACGAUGUCACAGCCACAGCAGGUAAAGGAGGGAACUAUCUCAGCUCUGAGCAUGAUCGGCAAAGAAAAAGAGGACAUUUUUAGGGUGGUUCAUCUCAUCCUCGAGUGAACUUGUGCGAUAAGGUUGGGUUAAGACAAGAGUUUCACCAUGGCAGCACCUUUUUCUCCUUGUGCCUGUGAUGGGAGCUUGGCUUUAUGGGCAGGGUCACGGCACAAUCGCGGGGGCGAGACAAAUAAUUAGGAGAAAUUAAUUCAACUGAAGUGCUGAACUGGUACAAACUUUACUCCAGGCCAGGUCUUGCCUGGUCUCCCACAGUUGCCAAAAAGCAGCGCGAACACUGUGCUACGUGCUCUGAAUAAUUCAACAAGAAAGGGCUCAAAGUUCACUCCUGAGGUCCUGCUUGGCGAUUCCACCUUUCUGACAUCAGCCAGCUUCCAACCACCACCUUGGGCAACCCUGUCCUGUCAGGGGACUCCCUCUGUGAUCCUGGUCCCACAUGAGCUGGUGUCACUGCUCAGAUGCAGAGUGAUUGGAGAGGUACCAACUGGAAAUACAUAUAUAGAAUUUUUUUUGUUUUGUUUGUAAAAGCACUAACUUAUACUAAAAAAAAAAAAAAGAAGAGUGGGUAUUGUGAGAAUGACUGUACAUUUUUAUUUUUGUAACAUGCAGACACCUCAAAUUUCUUAUAGUAAAUAAAUUUAUUUAGACUAUGA